CUCGAACUUUUCUCUUAACAUCAACGGAAACGGAAAAUGUUUAAGUCUUGAAAUUUGGUUUGGAACUGAAAUUUGUCUUGUUUUUUAUUAAUUUUUUUGUGUUAAAUUAAUUAAAUUUACAAUUAAACCAACUGUUAACUGUUAAUUAACAAAAUGGUGAAGAAAGGUAAAGAUAGACCAGCUAAAUCCGCCAUCAAUGAUGUUAUCCAACGUGAAUACACAAUCAACAUUCACAAGAGAAUCCAUGGUGCUGGUUUCAAGAAACGUGCUCCUAAAGCGAUCAAAGAAAUUAGAAAAUUCGCUUUCAAACAAAUGGGAACCUCAGAUGUUAGAAUUGAUACCCGACUGAAUAAAUACCUCUGGUCCAAAGGAAUUCGAAAUGUACCUUUCCGUGUGAGAGUCAGGCUAUCAAGAAAACGUAAUGAAGAUGAAGAUAGUCCCAAUAAGUUGUACACUUUGGUAACUUAUGUAAACGUUGCUUCUUUCAAGGGUUUACAAACCGAAAAUGUUGAUGAAGCAUAAAGACCCGACCGUAAAUUAACAAAUUAAAUUCAUCAGCUUCUAUGGUUAAA